AUGGCUGCUGUGCGUGAAGCGCGUGAGAAGGUGCCGGCGCUUCUUACUCACCUCGGCUACCAGCCGCGCGACACUUUCAAUCUUGACGAGACAGCUCUGUGGCUCUCUGUGCUGCCCCGAAAAACAUACAGCAACGCCCGCAUUCCGGGGCGCAAGAUCUCAAAGGAGCGGCUGACCGUCGCGUUUCUCGUCAACGCCGACGGCAGCCAUGUUUUCCGGCCGCUCGUCAUCAGCAAGGCGCACCGUCCUCAUGACUUCCGGCCGGACUACGACCCCGAAGCCGUCUGCUACUGGUGGCAUAACGCCAAGGGCUGGAUGACCAGUGCGCUCAAUGCCGCGAUGUAUGCCGAAGGGAGGGAAAUCGCGGUGCUGCUCGACAAUGCCAGCUCCCAUAUGCUGCGGGACGAGUGCGCGUGGAGCGAAAUCGUCUGCGGCAUGCGGACCACCCGCCUCAGCAACGUGCGCCUCAAUUUCCUGCCGCCGAACACAACCGCCUUCACGCACCCGCUCGACCAGGGGAUAAUCGCGACCGCGAAGGCCCGCUAUCGCCAGCACUGGCUGCGUGCCUUCACGGCGCUGUGGAACGACGACGGCGCAACAAGCGCCGUGGCCCGCUAUCGCCCCAAUCUGCGCGAUGUGCUGGGGUGGCUCUCAGACGCCUGGAUGAGUGUCGGUGCGCGCACCAUCCAGAGGUGCUUUUGGCGCACGGGCUGCAUGCCUCUGUCGUGGUCCCUGGAGCUCACCCAUGUGUAUGAUGAUGAGCCGACCCCCCCUGCGUACCCCGACAUUGAGCUCGCCGACGACAUCGACGAUGUCGGCGAGCUCAUUGGCGGACUCGGCCUCGGCACCGGCGCAAUGACCGCCGCCGAGUACGUCGCCAUCGACGAGGGCGAGCCGACGUGCGCGGAGGCGGCAGCGGGCGCGACACCGGAUGAUGCGGACGUGGGCCUGGCGGAGCUAUGGAGGGCGCCUACCAAGAUGCAGGCCGUGUAUGACGAAUCCGACCCAAUCGGCAGUGAAGCGCGGCGCACAGCACGGGCGGCCAGCGAGAUGCUCAUCGGCUACGCUCGCGCCGUGAGCGUGACGCCGCGCGACCUUUGCCACCUGUUCGACAUUCGUAAUCCGAUUAUCAGGGAGCGCAUGGAGCGGGCAAGCCCCGCGCUCAAUCUCAACACGGCCCCGCCGCCGCGGCUUUCGCCGACCGUAACUCCGCCGCCUGACACCCCGCGUCCGAGGGGCCGAGUGCUGCCUGGCUGGAUGACCCAGCCGUCCCGCCGUCAGCAGCUUCUGGACGCCGGGGUUGGCGCCGCGAUGGGCGGGUACGUGGAGGCGGCAGAGUGGAUGCAUGUCGUGGUGCUCUGGAUCGCUUUAAGCUUCUCCGUUAUCAUCUUCAACAAGUACAUUCUCGACAGCCGACUGCUCAACUGGCCCUUCCCUAUCAGCCUGACGAUGAUCCACAUGGCCUUCUGCUCGUCGCUCGCCUUCCUGCUCGUCAACGUCUUCCGCGUCGUGCAGCCGCUGCCCGGCGGGCUCAAGCCCGACAUUUACUUGACGAGCGUCGUGCCCAUCGGCGCGCUGUACGCGCUGAGCCUGUGGUUCUCCAACUCGGCGUACAUGUACCUGUCCGUGUCCUUCAUCCAGAUGCUCAAGGCGCUCAUGCCCGUCGCCGUCUACCUGCUCGCCGUCGCCUUCCGCAAGGACGCCUUCCGCGCCGCCACCUUCGCCAACAUGAUUCUCAUCGCGAUCGGUGUCGCCGUCAGCGCGUGGAGCGAGGCCAACUUCAACGCCACGGGCGUGCUGCUGCAGCUCGCCGCCGUCGCGUUCGAGGCGACGCGCCUCGUGCUCAUCCAGAUGCUGCUGACAGCCAAGGGCAUCUCGCUCAACCCCAUCACGAGUCUCUACUACAUCUCGCCCGUCUGCCUGCUCUUCCUCUCCGUGCCCUGGUUCCUCGUCGAGUUCCCCACGCUCGUCCCCGCCAUGGCGGCCGGCGCGCACCCCAGCGUGCUCGUGUUCGGCGCCAACUGCGUGUGCGCGUUCGCGCUGAACCUGGCGGUGUUCCUGCUGAUCGGCAAGACGUCGGCGCUGACAAUGAACGUGGCGGGGAUCAUCAAGGACUGGCUGCUCAUCGCCUUCUCCUGGUCCGUCAUUGCCGAUCGCAUCACCACCCUCAACCUCCUCGGCUACCUCCUCGCCUUCGCCGGCGUCUGCUGGUACAACCGCGUUAAGAUGCACGAGAUGAACGCCAAGGAAGCAGCCGCGAAGCAGGCGCAACAAACGGACGAGGAGACGGGCUUGCUUGAGGCGCCCAGAGAAGCUCAAAAGUAG